GCUUCUUCGUUGAAUAUAUUUGGUCAAACUACAUCAAACCCUCGAAAACCCAUUGUUCUUCUGCUCUGGAUCUGCCUAAUUUCAAGUAUUUCACUUAUUUUGAUUUCUUGAACCGAGAUUUUAGGGUUUAUUCGGCGGAUACAGUACUCAAAAGCUCACAACCAGAAGCUUUCUUGCUAAUUUCUUGAUUCUUGAUCGACGAAUUCAAUUGGGUAUUUGAAGAACACUCGCCCUUCGCCGGUGAUCGAAAAAUUGCUUUCUGGGUUCAUGUUCUAAAGAUCGGAUAUUAUGGUUUUAUGAGAUGAGCGUGAUUAUACCCUUUCUGAUUACUGAUUCUAUAAAAAAUGGGUGUUCAAAUGGUUUCGUUCAUAGCGACUAUUUUUCUAGUUUUCCCUUUGACAGCAAUUUCAGAAAGCAACAUCGAUCCCCAGUAUCUACCACUUGAUAAUCUGAUCAAUUUGGAGGAGAUGAUGCAUAAAGAAACGGCUGAGCUAGUUUGGGCUAAUUGUGGAACAGAAUUGAUGCAUUUGAUAGAAUCUUUUCAAGAUCUUCAAUCAAGUAGCAACUUUGAUAGAACUCUUUUAGAACAUGAAAGAAUACUGAAAUCUUUAGCUUUUCAAGAUCUCCAAAUCAAGAAAACUAUAUUAGAUUGUUUGAGAGAUAAAAGUGUUGGGUUUCUAGAAUCAGGAGAAGAUAAACAUCCUAGAAAAUGGUUUAUGGAGUUCCUUGAGUAUUUUUCUGAGUAUUUUUCAUCUGGGAUUUCUAAUGCUCGUAGAAUUCGUAGAUUAGCCGAAGCGGAUUCCCCUGUUUCUAGUCCUUCACCUUCUCCUUCACCUUCACCAGCUGAGGCUCCUAGUAUUAGAAAACCUCCUAGUCCUCCAUUCUUUCCGAAGCUUAAUGAUUCUUCUUCUGGUAAAGAUGCUGCUGAAUCGCCUCUAGAUUCUGGUUCUAAAUCACAGUCGAGUUCGGGCAACAAUGGCAGUCACAGAAAGAUUAUUAUUGCUGUUGUUGUGACGGCCACGGUAACGUUUUUUCUAGCUGCCGUGCUCUUCUGUUGUUAUACUAGGAUUUGUGGUAAUCGGCGUGGACAGAAUGACGAUAGGCCGCUUCUUAGUUUGAGUUUGAGUGAUUAUUCGAUGAAUGGUGCUCCAUAUAAAACGUCUUACAAUUUGAGCAAUUCUGUGCAUAAUAUUGGGAAUAUUGGCGAUGAAUCGUUAUAUUCUAACUCAAACUUACAGAAAAUGGAUUCAUCUUUUGAUCCUAGAGUUUCUUUCGAUUCUAAUAUCCCUUUAGGAAUUCCGUUACGGCCUCCUCCUGGAAGGGUAGAAGUAGAAUCAUCGUUACGACCGCCACCUGGAAGGGUAGAAUCAUCAUUACGGCCGCCUCCUGGAAGGGUAGAAGUAGAAUCAUCGUUACGACCGCCACCUGGAAGGGUAGAAUCAUCAUUACGGCCGCCUCCUGGAAGGGUAGAAUCGUCUAAACGCCCUUCUGAGAUAGGAGCUCCUAGUCCUCCAUCCACCACAGCUCCACCUCCUCCUCCUCCUGUAUCGCCUAGACCUCCUACCGCUGGUCCACCACCUCCUCCUCCACCACCUAGAGGAGCACCACCACCACCACCACCUAAACCGAAUGCAGGUCCACGCCCGCCUCCUCCUCCUCCAAGGGGCGGUGCACCUCCGCCUCGACCGCCAAGUGCAAGCCUAAAACCUCCUCGCCCGUCAGCUGGACCUAGUCAUUCUAGUACCGAUGAUUCUGAUGCUUCUAAAGCUAAGCUAAAACCGUUCUUUUGGGAUAAGGUUAUGGCUAACCCAGAUCAAUCAAUGGUUUGGCAUCAGAUAAAAUCAGGGUCAUUUCAGUUCAGUGAAGAAAUGAUAGAAACUUUAUUUGGGUAUAACGCCACUGACAAAAACAAAGAUCACACCAGGAAAAAUUCUGCAUCCCAAGACCCCGGUUUCCAGUAUAUUCAAAUAAUCGAUCCAAAAAAGGCGCAAAAUUUGUCUAUUCUUCUAAAAGCAUUGAAUGUGACAACCGAAGAAAUUUGUGACGCACUAAAAGAAGGAAAUGAGCUUCCUGUUGAGCUUGUUCAAACUUUGAUAAAGAUGGCACCGACUGCCGAUGAAGAACUAAAGUUGAGGAUGUACAAUGGGAAUCUUUCUCAGCUUGGAACCGCAGAACGGUUUCUAAAACUGGUGAUUGAAAUCCCAUUUGCUUUCAAGAGACUAGAAUCGUUGCUCUUUAUGUGCACGUUCCAGGAGGAAGAAUCGAUGAUCAAAGAGUCGUUUGUAACUCUAGAGGCUGCUUGUGUAGAACUUAGGAAAAGCCGGUUGUUCCUCAAACUCUUGGAAGCGGUUCUGAAAACGGGAAACCGUAUGAACGAUGGAACUUUCCGUGGCAGUGCACAAGCGUUUAAACUCGAUACACUCUUGAAGCUAUCGGAUGUUAAAGGAAUCGAUGGGAAAACGACGCUUUUGCACUUUGUGGUUCAAGAGAUCAUUCGUUCAGAAGGUAUAAAAGCUGUCCGAGUUACCCGCGAAUCUAAAAGCUUCAGAACUGAUGACCUUCUUAAAGAAGCUUCAUCUUCUUCGCAAGAAACAGAAGAGCGUUAUCGCGUUCUUGGGCUUCAGGUGGUUUCUGGUUUGAGCAGCGAGCUCGAGAAUGUGAAGAAAGCAGCUAUUGUCGAUGCUGAUGGUUUGACCAGUUUGGUUUCGAGGCUCGGUCAUGCACUCGUGAAAUCCCGUGAAUUCUUGGACACGGAUUUAAAGAAGAUCGACGAAGACGGUGAUGAAUUCCAACGAGUUUUGUCGAACUUUGUGAAGACCGCGGGGAAGGAGAUCACGUGGAUGCUUGAAGAAGAAAAGAGAAUCAUGGCUCUAAUUAAGAACACUGCGGAUUACUUCCAUGGGAAGUCCGGGAAGGAUGAGGGGUUGCGGUUAUUUGUAAUUGUUCGUGAUUUCUUGAUAAUUUUAGAUAAGGUAUGCAAAGAGGUUAGUAACUAUCCCGUAAGUACGCCAAGAACGCAGAAAAACGACGAAUUGCAAGGCGGGGUUCAAAGAAAAGAUGAUCAGGCGGUGGGCGGAGGUCCUUCUGAACCUCGGAAAACUCCGUUUUUCGAUCAACAUCAACGGCUAUUUCCGGCGAUCGCACAGCGGCGGAUGGAGAGUUCUAGUUCAGAUGAGGAUUAGUGUGUAGGUUUUUGUGAUCAAACAACAAAACUUGAUUCUUUUUUUCCUUUGGUUUUGAAGGGUGUAGGUGUUGUAUAUGAACCCUAAUUGUCAUACAAUAUGUGCAUUGAUUUGAUUACCAAAUUGCCAUCAC